AUGGGACAAUCGAAAAUUAGUUUGAAGGAAUUGGCAAGUGUUAGGCGAAAGGUCCUUAAGUCGAUAGACGACUAUUUGAAUAGGUUUAGACUUCUCAAGGCAAGGUGUUUCACACAAAUGCUUGAGCAUGAUUUAGUCGAUAUGACCACUGGUGGCCUAGACUAUUUAGUUAGGAAGAAGCUAGACACCCGAUACCUUAGGGACAUGGCACAAUUGGAAGAUAGGGUUCUCCAAGUCAAAUGCAUGAAAGCUGAAAAGGCCAGGACAAGUAAGUAUCACAAAAAAAAAGUCACUUAUAUAGAAACAAAUGAUUACGUCUCUAAUAUAGGUGACGAAUAUUUUGAAGAGGGUGAGGUCAAUGUAGCUGAACUUAAUCCAGGGCCUCCUUAUGUUUGUAAAUUGCUUAAACCAUCGAAUGGGAAAAAUCUUGUCGAAACUAGAAAAAAUGAGAAAUUCGCCACUAGAACUUACACUUUUUAUAUUACAAAAUAUGACCAAAUAUUUGAUUUGUUGGUCGUAGAUGGUCAUAUUAUAGUACCUUCUGGCCUAAAAAUUCCUCCUUUAGAACAAAGGAAGAAUAGAGGUUUCUGUAAGUACCAUAAUUUCCUAGGUCAUAAAACUUCUCAAUCUGUGCUUUUUAGGGAUUUGGUUCAGAAAGCUCUGAAAGAUGGAAGGUUGAAAUUCGGCGAAAAGAUAAAGACAUCAAUGAAAGUGGAUUCAGAUCCCAUGUAG